AUGCUGUCAUCGGUGACGCAUCGGGUGCGGACAGGCUUUGGCGAUUCCGACCGUACUUUCAAGCCGCCUUCUGUUAUCCCCUUCCAAGGCUGUGGUCAGGGAAAUGGGGCUGGACCCCCUAUAUGGAUCUCUGUGAGCUCCGUUCUCAUUACCAUGAUGGAAGCAAUGGGUUACGGCUUUGAGUGCCUCUCAGCACUGGAGUCACAGUUGGUCACAGCCCAAUGCUUCUGCUUUGUCGACGACACUGACGUUAUUGAGGCUGGCAAUACAGUACAUCACUCAGGUGAAGCUAUAUGUGCACUGGUGCAGGAGGCCGCCACUCUGUGGGCUGGGGGAAUCCGUGCCACUGGCGGUGCGAUCAAUCCUGAGAAGUCCUUUUGGUGGCUCAUUGAUUUCGAGUGGGACUCCCGCACAGACAACUCGGAACACACUUUGGGAGUUAUGCUUUCUCCCUUGGAAAACCUUGAGGCUCACAAGGCUCAGUUGGUUGCUAAAGCCAAGGACUGGGCAGAACAGCUUCGACCCAACCUGCUUCACAAAUAUGAUGUCCUUCCCCCUCAUCAAGUCGACCAUCAUGAAGAAAUUGGAGUAUCCGAUGGUGCUAACAACCCUGGAGGCCCAGCAAUGGACAGACAUUAUGGUCUUGGACUUCCACAUCCGUUUGGUUGUCAAGUGUUUAAGCAUCUUGAGAUGUUGCUCCGACACAUGGCCAACAGGACCAAAACUGGUGACUAUAUGGAGGCCAGCAUCCAAGCCCAUCAACUUGAAACGGGGACGUCCUUUGGACUUCUGCAACAAGUCUACACCAACACGGCGAUCCUCGCUUCAGACACGUGGUUGAAACGAGUCUGGCAUGAGCUCGAAGGUUUGGACAUCUAUGUCGCCUAUGACUCUCCAGCCCUCUCCCUUCGAUGUACGGACGACUCCCUUCUGAUGGAUCUCUUCAUCAACUUGGAGGUUGAACAGGAGGAACUUUUAUGGCUCAAUUGGUGUCGAAUGUUCCUCCAGACCACCUUGUCCAGAGCCCUGCUUGCCUCCAACGGGCCACAUUAUCCACUGCAACAGCCCUUGGGGCCAUGGACUGACCGUCUGGAGGACUGGAAUUGGUUACUGUCCCCCACCACUGGCCUUUUCCACCGCCAUGGGGCAACCUUGAAACACUUUUGCUCUGAGGGCUCCCACCCCACGUCAUGUUGCUACGCACCAGGGCCGUCCCUUCCUUCCUGCCCAUGGUGGACUGCACCGCUUCCUGCUGACGUUCUUCGUGCUUCGGUUCACUCCAUCACAGGAUCUGACAGGGUACUUCUCACCGGUACUGGCCGUGCCUCUGAACCGUCUUCUUCCUCCAGCCCAUCCAUCCUUCAUGCGUGGCAGACAGCUGUCGAGCUCUGCACGGACUAUUACGGGUGGGUCCCUGAUGAGAUCGAGGUUCACGGUGACGAAGCCACCUUAGCUGACGCUCUGUUGCAUGGUCGCCUGCGUGUGAUCAGCGAUGGAUCCUUCAAGAACGAGUUGGGGACCGCGGCGGUUCAAAUCCUGGUGAAGCAUGGAGGAUGCCAUCGUAUCAUCAUCCAGUGUCAGACUCCCGGUUUGCCCCAGGACCAGAGUCCAUACCGCAGCGAGCUCAUUGGUCUGUUGGCCGGUAUAAUGGCGGUCGAUUGGCUCCUUGAGCAAUGGUUCCCAAACAUUUCGAUCGGCCCC